AUGUCUACAAUUAGAUGGGUGGAUCUGCUAUCCAGCGAGUCGAACCUCUCCCACUCAGUCACGAACAAUGAGGAUGUUGCCGAGAAGGCCAAGAAGAAAAAGUUCCCCUACAGUCAAGAGAGGGACCUAAACAGUAGUUUUUUAAAUUCAUACAACGGAGAUCUGGACAACAGCAAUGUGGGGAUAAAUUUGAAAAUAAAAAAUAUGUCCAUUGGAGGAAAGAAGGAGAAGGAAGAGAAGCCCGUUGUCAGUGAUGAUAGGAACAUUGAACAAAUGACCCGAUGGGGAAAGGAGAGUGAAAGGGAAAAGAACCUACCCAGUGGAACCCCAAAAGGGGAGAUAGCCCAAACAGGAGACGGACAGUCAGGCAAAAGCGCGGAAGGAGAGCGCCCCAACGAUUCAAAAAUUGUUCAUAGUAAUGCAGAAGAAGAAGCAGAUGUUUCAGGGAAUGUGAUGGCAGAGAAUGUAGGGAAGGAGGAAAACUGUGUGAAUGAGAAAUUAAUGAAUCCUUCCCAUGGGAAGCAAAAUCAGAAAGAUAAGUCAGUCCCAAAGGUGGACUCCGCCGACGGAAUAUCUAAUAGUAGUAUCGUCAUCGAAAAGAGCAAUAGAAAGGGGGAACAGUACCUCAAUGCAGAGGAAAACCCAACAGAAGAAAACAACAGGAAAAAAGUUCUCAGGAGAGUGAGCGUGCAGAGUGAAAGUAGCAUAUCCACAAUUGAAGGUGCAAAGAAGGUGAGUGGGAGAAGAGCAAGUGCGGAGAAGAAGAGGAACUCAUCAAACAUAUCUACACAGAACAAAGGAAGUAGGAACAACAAAAUAAAAAAUGUUUCUGUGGAUAAGGAAUCGAUACAAAAUUCCUACUUUGCUCGAUAUAUUGUGAAGAAAGGGGGUGAAAAUAGAAAGAUCGUAGGAGGGGAGAGUGUGCAGGGGGAAGUGUCGAUGGGGACCCCCCAUAAGGGGAAGAAGAGGAAAGACAGGGCAUUAUUGUGCGAGAAUAGCACGACUUCUAAGUUCAAUUGCACACUUUCGCAUGAUGUGACCGUGGACGACAACAACGUACCUCUGAACCCAACGAAGAAGGUGAAGAGCAGGGUCAAGCAGAGGGCCUUCGAUGAGGGAGCGGUGAAGGAGGGUGUAAAUGUGGAGGGGAAGGAAGGAACAAAUAUAGCGCCCGGUGCACCGGGGAAAAACCAUCAUAAUAAGGAAACCAAAGUCGUAACGAAGAGCGCCAUUGCUGAUGAACCUCAAAUGGCCAAUCAAGAUAGGAGUAAUUUAGAAAUAAUGGAAAAUAUGUCUACGCCCCGAAAAAAACAUUUACCCACCGUAAAUCACUACAAGAAUCUGAGCAGCGAUAACAUUGACAUGGAGAAGUUUAAAAACUUCGACGCGAAUUUUAUUAAUUAUUUGGGAGACAUACAAAGCCAAUUCAGUGAUCCAUUCGUGAACUCCAAUAGCAACCGAGUGAACAGCCGACUGAAGGAAAUAGCCGUAGGAAAAUCCACCAAGGAGUACAAGAAUUAUGUGAAAAUGGUGAAGUAUGAGGAGAGGAUGGAUGACGAUCCCACUACGCCCAACGCUUAUGAGAAUGUUACAAAUGCAAAAUUCCAGGCCAAAUACAACCUGUGGAGGAAGAAGCUCCACAAGUUUGAUUCCAUCGGGUAG